AUGCAAAACAGUGCGUCAGGCUUGGCAGCUUGCGAAAUCGACCAAAGAGAGGUGCUGUUGUGCGAGGCGCUCUGCCGUGGAUUGCUGAAUCACCAAACACCCGCCGAAGCAGCCACCCUGCUCUCCUGCUUUGUUUGCGAUAACCAAUGUGAGGGGCGCAGGCCAUUUGUUGCUGCUAGGCUGCAGGCGGUCGUAGAGCGAAUGCUGCAGCUGGCGAUCGUGGCAGAAAAAUCUGGCGCCGACGAAGGCCAUCUGCUCAGAGCCUUCAAACGCCUUGGUGAGUUCCUGCAACAGGCUCGUAAGGCACGUCAUCACCUUGGUUACGAGGCCCUUGAGACACUGAUGCGCGAUGCUCAUGUGGCUAUAAAUCGAGUUGCGUUGAAUACGUCUUCCCUCUACAUCUCAGACGACAUGUAG